GAUAAACCCCUUAACGUUGCCGGCACAUGCUGCUCACUGGAUAAGCCCAUUCUCAUUGCUGGUGUAUGCUGUAACCUGGAACGGAAUGUUACGAAUGGCGUAUGUUGUCCUCAGAAUAUGACCGGCUUUCCAGAUAAUGGGACCGGCAUUAAAGAUCAAUGUUGUCCUCAGAAUUACACUGCCGUUAAUAGCUCAUGCUGUCCCCAGGAUUCAAUUGACAACAAUGGUCAAUGCAAACAAUCAGUUACCAAGUAA